AUGUUGUUAAUAUGUGCGACUACCAUUCCAUCAACUAUUGUUCAAGAUGCUCUUUCGCUUACAAUAGUUGACCAAAUAAAUCAACGUACUCAAGUUCGAAGCUUAUGGAUGAAGACGAGGAGUGGAGACUUUUGGAAUCGGAUCGUAAACAAUCACUUCACGGAACAAGAUUGGUUGGAUAAUUUUCGAAUGAAAAAAUCAACAUUUGAUUACAUAUGUACUCAGCUAUUUUCAGAAUUAUCGCCCAAUCCGUUAGCAUUUAGACCAUCAUUAUCAGUUGAGAAAAAAGUUGCAAUUGUAAUUUUUAAACUGUCAAGUUGUUCAGAGUACAGAGUUGUUGGAAACCUUUUUGGUGUACAUAAAAGUACUGUCCAUACAUGCGUUUAUCAAGUUUGUAAAGCCAUAAAUGAACUUUUGAGACCUUUGCAUAUUACUAUGCCUACAAUCGAAGAAGCUAAAUUCAUUGCACAGUGUAUAAAGCUAAGAACUGGAAUGGAGCAACUUAUUGGUGCUAUUGAUGGGACUCACAUUCCAGUAUUGCCCCCUAAAAUAGGUUAUAGAGAUUUUGUCAACAGAAAAGGCUGGCCGUCCAUGGUUCUUCAGGGUUAUGUGGAUAAUAAUUACAUAUUUCGUAAUGUCACAAUCAAGCAUCCAGGAAGUGUACACGACGCUACAGUCUUAAAAGACUCAAGUUUAUAUAAAAAUAAUGUAACAUUAAUCCCAAAGCAUUACAUAAGUAUAAAUGUAAAAGAAAUACCUUUAAUGAUAGUUGGUGAUCCAGCAUAUCCACUAUUGCCAUGGUUAUUAAAAGGUUAUACUGUGAGUCUAACACCAGAGCAAGAAUCUUUUAACACUUACCAUUCUUCAGCUAGAAUAUGUGUUGAAAAUGCUUUUGGUCGAUUAAAGGGACGAUGGAGAUGUUUACUAAAGCGAUGUGAUAUAAAUUAUAAAUUUAUGCCACAAGUCAUCUCAGCAUGUUGUGUAUUACACAAUAUUGUUGAACAAUUUAAAGAUAAUUACCAUGCAUCAUGGACAAAGGAAGUAAAUGAAGGAAAUGAAGGAAAUAUAUGUUAUGCCCAACCUAUUCAACGUGAAUUAUCGCAACAAACAAUAAAUACAAAUUCAAAAGAAAUAAGAGAAAUUCUCAAAGAGCACAAGGCAAUGAAUUAUCCACUAAGAAAAUCUUCAUUUACACAUUAA